GUCAGGACCCUCUGCAGAGGCAGGGAGCUCUGAGUCUGCACCUGGCAGGGAACUCUCAGCUGUGGCAUCUGUGAGGAAGGAGGGAGGGAGCUCUCUGUCCCGGGGACAAUGGCCAGAUUCUGCUUCCUGCUGUUCGUCUCUGUGGCCACCAGAGGGUGGAGUGCAGCAGUGGCCCAGGCUCCUGAGAUGUUCCAGGACAGCAAAACCUGUGCCUCCUCCCUAUCUUUCCUGCCUAGAAGCUGCAAGGAACUCAAAGAAAAUUGCUACAGAGCAGGUGAUGGUGUGUAUCUCCUCCGCACUGAGAAUGGUCUCAUCUACCAGACCUUCUGUGACAUGACCUCUGGAGGUGGCGGCUGGACCCUGGUGGCCAGCGUGCACGAGAACAACAUGCUGGGGAAGUGCACAGUGGGCGACCGCUGGUCCAGUCAGCAGGGCAGCAGGGCAGACUACCCAGAGGGGGACGGCAACUGGGCCAAUCACAACACCUUUGGGUCUGCAGAGGCGGCCACCAGCGAUGACUACAAGAACCCUGGCUACUAUGACAUCCAGGCCCAGGACCUGGGCAUCUGGCAUGUGCCCAACAAGUCCCCCCUGCAGCAGUGGAGGAACAGCUCCCUGCUGAGGUACCGCACCAGGAAUGGCUUCUUGGAGACUCUAGGACAUAAUCUGUUCGGCCUCUACCAGAAAUACCCAGUGAAGUAUGGAGCAGGGAAGUGUUGGACUGACAAUGGCCCAGCCGUCCCUGUGAUCUAUGACUUUGGUGAUGCUCAGAAAACUGCAUCUUAUUACUCACCACUUGGUCAGAAGGAAUUUGUUGCAGGAUUCAUCCAGUUCAGAGUGUUUAAUAAUGAGAAAGCAGUCAAUGCCCUGUGUGCUGGGGUGAGAGUUACUGGCUGCAACACUGAGCACCACUGCAUCGGUGGAGGAGGAUUCUUCCCGGAGGGCAACCCCAGGCAGUGUGGGGAUUUCUCCUCCUUUGAUUAUAAUGGAUACGGAGCUCACACUGGUUACAGCUGCAGCCGGGAGAUAACUGAGGCAGCCGUGCUCUUGUUCUACCGAUGAGAGCUCUGUAGUUGGGAGACCGGGAACCCAGAUACUCCGAAGUGGAAAAGCUGGAACGCU